CCGCCAAUGGAAACAGAUGCAGUACAUGCUCUCGCAUCACGAGAUCCUCCGAGGAUCCAUCGCCUUGACGAGUCCGUCGUCAACCGAAUUGCCGCCGGUGAGGUCAUCCAGCGCCCGGUAUCCGCUGUCAAGGAGCUCGUUGAGAACAGCCUUGAUGCCGGCUCCACCUCUAUAAAUGUAGUGGUUAAGGACGGAGGCCUCAAACUCAUCCAAGUCUCUGAUAACGGCCAUGGAAUCCGCCGUGAGGACUUGCCAAUUUUAUGUGAGAGGCAUACUACAUCAAAGUUGUCUGCAUUCGAAGAUUUACAGUCAAUUAAGUCGAUGGGGUUUAGAGGAGAAGCCCUGGCAAGCAUGACCUACGUUGCUCAUGUUACUGUCAUCACUAUAACCAGUGGUCAAUUGCAUGGUUAUAAGGUAUCAUACAGAGAUGGGGUGAUGGGGCAUGAACCCCAGGCGAUUGCUGCUGUGAAAGGGACUCGAGUAGCGAUUGAGAAUUUAUUUUAUAACAUGAUUGCACGAAGGAAAACUCUUCAGAACUCUGCCGACGAUUAUCCAAAAAUUGUUGACCUGUUAAGUCGGUUUGCAAUCCAUCACAAAAACGUGAGCUUCUCCUGCAGAAAGCAUGGUGCUGCUGGCGCUGAUGUUCACUCAGUUGCUAUGUCCUCAAGGCUUGAUGCAAUCAGAUCUGUUUAUGGGGCCUCAGUUGCUAACAAUCUGAUAAAAAUAGAGGCUUCAGAUGCUAAUCCAUCUAGUUCAGUAUUUGAAAUGGAUGGCCAUAUAUCUGACCCUAAUUACUCUUCAAAGAAGACUACCAUGGUUCUCUUUAUCAAUGUUGUCUCUACUUAUUGGCUUCUCAAGCCUAUCGAUACCGAGGACAUUUUGGUCUCUUUGUUGGCAGUGUUUUUCUUUGAAAGAUUAGUUGAGUGUACUGCUCUGAAGAGGGCAAUCGAAAUUAUCUAUGCUGCAACUUUGCCCAAAGCAUCAAAACCUUUCAUAUACAUGUCAGUUAUCUUGCCUCCGGAGCAUGUUGAUGUCAAUGUUCAUCCCACAAAAAGAGAGGUGAGCCUUUUGAACCAGGAGGUUAUUAUUGAGAGGAUACAAUCAACGAUAGAAUUGAAGCUAAGAAACUUCAGUGAGGCAAGCACAUAUCAAGAACAGGAAGUUGAUUGCUCUCCAGUCAGUUUGGUAGCCGCAGAUAAAGUUUCUCCUAUAAAUACGUCAACUUCUGGGUCACAGAAAGUACCUGUACAUAAGAUGGUGCGGACAGAUUCACAGGCUCCAUCUGGGAGGUUGCAUGCUUAUUUGCAAGUAAAGCCUUCCAUGCACCAUGAAAGCAUUUGUAGCUUGAAUUCUUUCAGAUCUUCCAUCAGGCAAAGGAGGAACCCAAAGGAAACUGCUGAUCUUACGAGUGUUCAGGAGCUUAUCGAUGAGUUUGAACGUGGUUGCCAUUCUGGUCUUUUGGACAUUGUAAGGAACUGCACAUAUGUUGGAAUGGCCGAUGAUGUCUUUGCUCUCUUUCAGCAUAAUACCCAUUUAUAUCUUGCAAAUGUUGUAAAUUUAAGCAAAGAGCUCAUGUAUCAACUGGUUCUGCAACGAUUUGGUUACUUCAACGCAAUAGAAUUGAGUGAUCCCGCUCCACUACGAGAAUUAAUCACGUUGGCACUGAGGGAGGAAGAUAUGGAUCCAGAGGGCAGUGAAAACGAUGACUUGAAAGAAAAGAUUGCUGAAAUGAAUGCGGAACUCCUUAAGCAGAGGGCUGAGAUGCUGGAUGAAUAUUUCAGCAUUCAUGUGGAUCCACAUGGCAAUUUGUGUAGGCUUCCUGUCAUACUCGACCAACACGCACCUGACAUGGACCGUGCUCCAGAAUUUGUUCUAUGUCUGGGAAAUGAUGUGAAUUGGAAUGAUGAGAGACUUUGCUUUCAAACAAUUGCUGCUGCUCUUGGGAACUUUUAUGCUAUGCAUCCACCUCUAUUGCCAAAUCCAUCAUCAGGUGAUAGUUUGGAAUUUUAUAAAAGAGGCUGUGCUGAAGAAGGGAAAACAAGUGUUUCAGGAGAAGAUGAUAUAGAUGAAGAGCUACUUUCAGAAGUCGAGAAUGCAUGGGCCCAGAGAGAAUGGUCGAUACAACAUGUUCUAUUUCCUUCCAUGAGGCUCUUUUUCAAGCCCCCGGCUUCAAUGGCCACAAAUGGAACAUUUGUGCAGGUGGCCUCCCUGGAGAAGCUAUACAAGGUUUUUGAAAGAUGCUAGCCACACCCAUGUACCUAAGUGAUCGAUUUCUAUAAACUCUUAGAUACGUUUCUACUUUUGAAGAGAAUUUAUCAGAAAGAAAUUGACCUUCGUUUCAUUAUAUGGCACAUUUAUCUGUUUGAAUGCAUUUUUAAUCUAUUGUAAAGUAUGUAUAAUGUAUGUCGACUUUCUCUCUUGUUUUCGAGAAGACCUCUAGUUCGUGAAAUAGAUUUAGUAGUAAAUUACAGAUUUGGUUCUUGAGGUUUGCGAAUCAUUAUGGAUUUUGUCUUUUAACUUCAUUGUUUACAUAAUAAACUUCUAUCUUUAGAAUUUGUUUUGAAGUUGGUUCCUCGA